AAACACAAACACAAGACGUGCUCACAAUACAUCACACACACUUCACUCUUUCUUCUUAAAUACCUCAAGAUCACAUCUCAAAAAUUCAAAACCAUAUAUACAUAUAUGGCUCUCGAGACACUCAAUUCUCCGACUUCAGCUACCGCCACGGCUAGCCCUCUUAUCCGGUACCGUGAAGAGAUGGAGCCGGAGAAUCUCGAGCAAUGGGCCAAAAGGAAACGCACCAAACGACAACGUUUUGAUCAGAAUCAUCACAAUCAAGAAACGACUCCUUCGGAAGAAGAGUAUCUCGCUCUUUGUCUCCUCAUGCUCGCUCGUGGCUCCACCGUACAAUCUACUCCGUCUACGCCGUCACGUCCGCCGCUGUCCGAUCACCGUGGCUACAAGUGUACGGUCUGUGGAAAGUCGUUUUCGUCUUACCAAGCCUUAGGUGGCCACAAGACGAGUCAUCGGAAACCGGCGAAUAGCGUUCCAAGUAACCAAGAGCCGUCCAAUAACAGUCACAGUAACAGUAACGGCGGUUCCGUCGUUAUUAACGGUGACGGUAACACGACUAACGCUGUUAGUCAUAGCGGAAAGACUCAUACUUGCUCAAUCUGUUUCAAGUCGUUUUCGUCUGGCCAAGCGUUAGGUGGACACAAAAGGUGUCACUAUGACGGUGGUAAUAACGGUAACGGUAACGGCAGCAGCAGCAACAGUGUCGAAGUCGUUGCUGGUAGUGACGUCAGCGAUGUGGACGAUGAGAGAUCGUCGGAACAAAGCGCGAUCGGCGGCCACCGUGGAUUUGACUUAAAUCUACCAGCUGAUCAAGUCUCGGUGUUGAUUUCUUAACGUUGACUUGGUUAUAAAAAAGUCAACUUCCAAGCGAGGAAUGGGUUAGUGGACGGUGAAGAUUAACGGUCGUUUCUUUCCAGUUGCUUCGGCUUGACUGAGUCUGUAAUGAAAAUGAUUGGAGUGGACUUGGCGCAAUUGCAAUUGCAUUAAUUUUUAUUAUGAUUUUUUAAAGAAAUGUUUAUUUGUUGUUGGAUUUGUUUAUAGAUAGAGGAAACAAUUGGGAUAUUGCAUUAUUUUUUCCUAAAGACAAAAUAAUAAUACAGAGAUGGAUGAUUGGAUCGUACACGUUAAUGUAUAGUGGACCGUUCUGUAAUACUG